AUGUUUUUUUUUCCCCUCUUUAUUUUUUUUUUUUUUUUUUGUGCGAAUGAACCAUGCAUUUUUCCGUUCCUCCUCAAGAGGGAGUGGGUGAGACGUGGGGCCGCAGCCGCCGUGGUGAGAAUCAUGACGAAAUUGGUGCGCAAACUCAAGCAGACGGCCAAGAAGCGGGCCCAUCGCAAAACCGUGCUGAAGCGAAAGGUGGAGCGGGCACAAAGGGAUAUUGAGGAGAGUGAGAGGCUAAAGAAGGAGCGGCUGGAGCUUGAGACCGACCUUGAGAUGCACCGCCUCACCCAUGGCGAGGAGGAUGCCGAAAUGAAGAAGCGGCUUGUGCGGUUGGUGGGAAAUCUUGUUCUGGAGGCCCCGCAACGGAAAUCAAAGAAGCAGGCUAGUCGCAAGCAGAUGAGGCGAAAG